AUGAUUGGUAAGAGGUGGGGACUCAUCCCGAAAAUUACCCUCUGGCUCUAUAAGACGAUAAUCCGCCCCUUACUCUGUUACGGUGCUCUGGUUUGGUGGCCAAGAACAAACCUAGGCAACGUACGAGACAAACUACAAAGACUUCAAAGGCUCGCAUGCGCGGCCACCACUGGCUGCACGAGGUCUACCCCGACUGCAGCCAUGGAGGUCAUGCUAAACCUUCCACCGCUGCACCUACACAUACAGCAAGAGGCCAGUCUCUCAGCGGUAAGGUUGCGAACCCUCAAGAUAUGGUCUAACAUCACAGGAGCUCUUCACACAAUAUGGCUGGAAAAGGUGUAUGACGAAUUUCCAGUGCUUAGGUCAGGCACGGACCGGAUUCACAAACAAGCUAUCUUCGAUAAAAGGUACAAAAUACAGUUAUAUGAGGACGACAAUCAUGAAGGACUCAAUCCCCGGGAGCUGAGAAUCUUCACUGAUGGGUCCAAAACAGACAGCGGAUCGGGCUCUGGAACCUUCUCAGAACACCUGAACAUGUCGAUCACCACUCCGCUAGGAGCCCAUAGCUCGGUAUUCCAAGCUGAGUGCAUGGGCAUCAUAAACGCGGCGGCUGCCAUCACUGCAAGGAAGGUAGUAGGAUCCUCCAUCCGCAUACUCUCCGACAGUAGAGCAGUCUUAAUGGCUCUAAAUAGCCAUAUAGUUACAUCCAAACUUAUACACGAAUGCCACGAACGACUAAUGGAGGUAUGUCAUAAUAACAAGAUCACCCUACAAUGGAUCAAGGGACACAGUGGAUCCCGAGGUAACGAUGCUGCGGACGAGCUUGCCAGGCAAGGAUCGAAUGCGGGGGCGAUUGGUCCGGAACCGAUUCUUCCGAUACCAUUUAGCAAGGUACGCUCAAUGCUGCUGGCACGUACAGGGAAACUACACACAGAACACUGGCUGAACCAGACUGGAUGCAGACAGGCAAAAGAAGCCAUGCCUGGCAUCAACGGAAAACUCACAAGGGCGCUCCUGCAACUAGGGAAGGUCCGACUGAGUAUGGUAACCAGUGUCAUAACAGGGCAUGGACUAUUUAACAAACAUCUUUUCACAACAGGUGUCACAGACAGUCCCCUGUGCCGAGGUUGCAUGGAGACAGAAGAAACAGCCUCUCACGUGGUGCUGGAAUGCAGCGGAGUGACUCCAUACAGGGCUAAACAUCUCGGAUCUCCGAGAGACCUCCCCGAGGUCCUACUCAACAUCAAAGGUUUGAUAGGAUUCCUCGAGGAGCUGGGCUGGCAGGACUAGCCCACCCCCAACAUAUCACGCAAAAUAGGCGCAAGUCGUCGAGUUGCGGAAAAAUCGCCCGAAUACAAUACAAUACAAUACAAUACAAUACAAGGUGCGACCAGACCGCAGCUUAAAAAACGGUCACGAUACGGAAUCGCAGUGACGCGUCGUAUGCGUACCGUUUUUGACGCAUGCUCCCCACACCGCUGUUUAAAAAACGGUGACGGUACGGAAUCGCAGUGACGUGCUUCACGCGAAUCUUUUUUGUUCGCAAAACAGUUGCGUCUUUUACGUCACCGGUACGGUGUCUGCCAUAAGAUCUCCGUGUAAUAUUUUUUGCGAUUUUUACGCAGUUCAAUUUACGGUGCGUCAGCUUAUUUUAAGCAGCGGUGUGGCGAGCAUGCGUCAUGGACCCGGGUACGUCCUUAAACUACGUCCAAAAGAGAGGUAUGGGCAUUGUGAAUGUCAUCUCGCUUUGUGUGGUAGGGCACAGCCAGUGGGUGUCAUUCCAGAUCCAAAUUUUCUUGCGUAAUUCGGCAUUGGUCCCAUAAUAAAAGUUGUUCAGUAUGACCUGUAAAGUCACUGCGCAGAGUAUGGCUGGUGGUUAAAAUUUCAUCUUAUACCUAUAUUCGACACAAGUAGUAAGUACUUACAGACCAACUAUGAUACACAUUUUUGCUUGCCAUUUAAAAAAUAAAACAAAAAUAACAAAUAGCAUGUUAUUUAAUUCAGUACUCACUAAUCAGUCUUAAACAAUGAACAUCAUACUUUUAGAUUAGACAGCAAAAUGUAUAUUUAUACUGUGUUUCGACUUGAAAGAUUUUACUGCUUUAAAACAUAAGACAAACCUACCAACCAAAUGUAUAAAAAAAAAUGUUUUUUGUGAUUAUUAUUUUCCUAUAGGUUUCACGUAAAUGUUUGUAAAAAGGAAAUAAUCUCCAUAAUAUAAGCUAUUAGUUGACACCUCGAUGAAUACAAUCGGUUAAGUGGUUUUCGAGAUACACCGCCAAAAAGAAUAGGUCCGGACGCCAUCUUUGUGACGUCAUUACUAUCCCCUCCCACCAUUUUUCCGCUUUACUACCGCAUGUACGGUGAUCAGGAGAAACGCCCGAACACAUUGAUACCGGUUGUGGGUAAGGCCGAGCUGAGUCAAUUAAAUCUGGCCUCGGAGCGGCUUGGGGACUACUAAUAGUAAAAGUUGUUCAGUAUGACCUAUAAAGUCGCUGCGCAGAGUAUGACUGGUGGUUAAAAUUUCACCCUGUAUAAAAUUUUAAAGUAAAAAGAAAUAUGUACCUACCUAUGAUUAAGACGAAAAAAGAGACUAAACGUCGAAGUAAGGUAACAUUAUUGUGUCUGGUUUUUAUAAUUGUCAUUAUAAUUUCAGUAAUUAAAACCGAUACUCUAUAAAUUCCAUUCAAUACGUAUCGUAACAGUCACCACAGUUUCGACCGGUAAAAGCCAGUUAUCGUUACCCAUGCGCAAAUAAAUGAGUGUAGCUUCAUUGUUUAUUACUCGAUCUGUAUGUUUUAAGGCUCAUUAUAUUCCUUGAUAAUGAAGCAAUAUGUUUUAUAUUAAACAAAAUUUGCGAAAUGCUAAUAUUUACGGAGAUUUUUACAAAAUAAAAAAAAAUAAUUUUAUAAAAAACUGUUUUUUGUGAUAUUUUUUUUUCCUAUAGGUUUCGCGUAAAUGUUUGUAGAAAAGGAAAUAAUCUCCAUAAUAUAAGCUAUUAUUUGACACCUCGAUGAUUAAAAUCGGUUAAGUGGUUUUCGAGAUACACCGCCAAAAAGAAUAGGUCCGGCCGCCAUCUUUGUGACGUCAUUACUAUCCCCUCCACCAUUUUUCCGCUUUACUACCGCAUGUACGGUGAUCAGGAGAACUGUCCGAACACAUUGAUACCGGUUGUGGGUAAGGCCGAGCCGAGUCAAUUAAAUCGUGUUUCUAUAGGGCUUUUGAGAUUUGGCGACCGUACUAACGUGAUAGAUCAAAAGGAUUGUUAAAGCUUGACCAAACUGAAUAUAUCCGCAAAUUGUUAAUUAAAUUCGGUAUGCAAAAUUGUAAGGCCGUGUGUCUAACAGUAAGUUUCAUAAAACUGAGAAAUGUCUAGAUGAAAAUCUUUAUAAUUAUAGGCAAUUAAUGGGCUCACUAAUUUGACGACCGGUCUGGCCUAGUGGGUAGUGACCCUGCCUACGAAGCCGAUGGUCCCGGGUUCAAAUCAUGGUAAGGGCAUUUAUUCGUGUGAUGAGCAUGGAUAUUUGUUCCUGAGUCAUGGGUGUUUUCUAUGUAUUUAAGUAUUUAUAAAUAUUUAUAUAUUAUAUAUAUCGUUGUCUAAGUACCCUCAACACAAGCCUUAUUGAGCUUACUGUGGGACUUAGUCAAUUUGUGUAAUAAUGUCCUAUAAUGUUAUGUUCUCAUAUAGAGGGUAGAUAUAACUUAUGUCAGUCUGUAUCUGAACAUUAAACGUAGCACAUCAGUGUCCUAUAAAUUUGGAGUUUUCUUUGGAAACCUAGGUCUAGGACACAACAAUUGGCGACGAUAUCGAUAUCUACGUGUGCAGAGAACGUUUUUUUCAAUAAAUUGGUUGGAAAAAAAUGGCUACAACAAGUGCAAAUGUAAUGUUCGGCGGCAGUCUCAGUUUCGAUCAUCGGAUUCACGAAUGGAGCAUUUUCAAGAGCAGACUGUUUCAAUUCUGUACGGUUAAUGAUAUUAAUGAAACGACGGACAAGUCAGAAGUGAAACGCCGUGCCGUGUUAUUGUCGGCCUUAUCGGAAGAUACCUACCGCAUUCUUCGGGACUUAGUGGCACCAAACGAGAUUGACGGCGCGGAAUACAAGGUUUUGUUAAAACAUCUCGAUGCCCAUUUCACGCCAAAGAGAAGUACUUUUGCGGAACGUUACACUUUCUACAAGGCUGAACAGCGUCCGGGUGAAGAAUUGCCAGAUUGGGCCGCGCGAGUGCGUAGCCUGGCCCAAUACUGUGGUUUUAAAGCGGAGUUGGACAAUGUGUUACGUGACAGGUUCGUCUUAGGGUUAGAGAACGUGAAAGAAAAAGAAAAAUUGUUUGCCGAAAGCGUUGAUACUUUGACGUUCAGCAAGGCAUUAGAAUUAGCGCAAAGUGUGCGUUGCGCGAGAUUGGCUUUGCAUAAAACGCAACCGGCAGUGCCCGAAACUCCAGUGUUCACCGUCAAUACGUCGCGCGCGCAACGUAGCCCUCGUACUAGUUUGGAAAGUUGUGAAGUUUGCGGCUACAAAAAUCACACUAAAGACCAAUGUCGUUUUAUUAAUUAUACGUGUCAAAAGUGUAAACAAAAGGGACAUCUUAAACGAAUGUGCAAGUCCAAAGUGCGAAGGAAUUAUUUUAUAGCAGAGGAGGAUAACGAUAUCAUUCAAGAUCUCACAAACUAAGAACUAUGGAGGGCGGCGGAAGGUGUGUUUUAAGGAAGGAGAUCAGGUAUUAGUUAAACAUACAUUUAGUAACGGAAAUAAGCAAGUAUGGAAAAAAGGUUGUGUACAAAAAUCUGUAGGAAAUAUGUUAUACUUAGUCCAUAUAAUAGAUUUAGAUAUUAUUGUUAAGAAACAUGUGGAUCAAUUACUGUUAUACAAAGGAAGUCAAACUGUAUGUACUACUAGUGAUAACAAAGACAUUUCAGAUCUGGAAAUAACAAUUAAUGAGUCUUUACCUCCAGAUCAUGAAUCGGUGGCACAACCAGCGAUUGAAGGCCAGAGCCCUGAGUCAAGUUUACUCGAAAUUGGGAAUGAGUCGGAUGAGCCUUGCCAAUCGCUGGUACCACGGGAAAGCGCACCCCCCGCCUCCACAGUCUCGCCUGCUGCCAGACCGGUGUCUCAUGAUGAUGUUUUUUUGGACUGUGAGACGGAGGGUACCGAGGCCACCUUGGAUCCUACGAUGAAUGCGGGUCGUCGUAAUAUCCGGGCCACUCGGAACCCUAAUCCAGUGUAUAAAUAAAUACCGAUAUCCAUUUUAGUACAUAAGUGUUCUAAUGUAUUAAUUAGAUUAUUUUAAUUUUAAGAAACUUUCUUUGCUAUUGGUGGAGGGAUUGUUAUGUUCUCAUAUAGAGGGUAGAUAUAACUUAUGUCAGUCUGUAUCUGAACAUUAAACGUAGCACAUCAGUGUCCUAUAAA